AUGGCGGUAUGCAGGUUAAUAGCAGUCACGUCGUCCAUCUUUCUUCUUCUUGUCGCCGCCGCCGCGGCCGAGGGCAACAGCGUGUUCUGCCACAACAUCGGCAGGUGCGAUGCGGGAACGGCGGCGAGCCUCGUCAGAGAUUUAGCCGGCGAAGUGCCAGCUCAGCCUAACCAGCGGUACUGCAACGUGCAGGAGAUGCCGAGUGGAUCGGCGAAUAUGUACGGGUACGGUUACUGCUCGACGAUCGGCAGGUCUCUGGAUCCCUCGAAAGACUGCAACGACUGCUUGACCAGUGCGGGCAACGACUUGGUCAACGAUUGCGGAGACGAAGGCGGAGCCGGUGAGGUGUGGGGUCCGAAUGCUCUGUGUUAUAUCCUGACUGGACUCACCAAUAAGUGUGGCUAG